AUUAUCGUGAAUUACUGAUUCCGAUACAUACCCCUCACUCCAUUAAAGGGUCACGGACACCUCUGUGCCUUUUUCCGUUGCUAGUCUAAAACGUGACGUGCUUGAUUUACAUUAGCUUUCCUCGCGCAGUACCGUUAACUUCGCGCCUCCUCGGUGUGUUUCUGCCCACUGACCUCCCGCGCGGCUCUUGCGUUUCUCCGGAAGGAUUGGCAACGCGCGCGCCUUGUGCCCGGUGGAUGACUGAAUGCGGAGCCGUGUGUGUGUGAGUGUGUGUGUUUCUUCCAACUAGCGCCUUAACACACGCAACAGAAUUCCUCCAGUCUUCAACGCGGCUGAACGUAAGAGAGGACACCGCGACAGAAAAAUAUAUGACAACGUAACAUCUAUUCUACUCAGUGAAUAGCGGUUGCUGUCUAGUGUUGUGGUCAUUGGGGAGAUUUUCUGCGAACGAAGCAAACCAACGUAGCGCAACGUAAAGACUAUAGGCAGCCAGCCGGCAGCAUUUUUGCAGAGAAUACACUCGCUGCAUUUCCAGUCUACAUUAAACGGGGACGUUGAACGGAAAGGGGGAAGAAAGCCUUGGGAGGAUCUUUGUGAGGAGCCUGUUGCCGUAGGCAACACAAUAACUGUAAUCAGAAUCCUGCUGGCACCCCACCCGCCACUCAAGCUCUGCCCCGCCCACAACCACUCCCCUGCCCCUCCUCCCCGAGCUUCCAUCUCUCCUGAUGUAUUAAAGCACACCUGGGGUUUGAUGGAGAGCUGGUCGGAUGACAGCUGGAACUGUAGUGAUAACCGGAGGAAUUCUGGCUGCAGUGAUACUCCUGUUUAUCAUAGCAGUCCUCUGCUACUGUCGGCUCCAGUAUUAUUGCUGUAAGCACAAUGCUUCUGAACAGGACUCCUGCUCUUAUGGGGACCCCCAGGCCCAGUUCGCCUGCAACGCCUGCAGCGCCCCGGGGGUGGAUGGGGCGGCCGUCACGCCCCUGUGCCUGCCCCCCAACCCCGCCCCGCCUCACAGCUACUGCCCCACCUGCUCCCCGUACGGGAACCCCUUCUACAUCCGCGCGGCGGGGGACGUGCGGAACGGGGGCGAGCGCCUGGCCUACGGCCCCGCCCACUACGAGAAUCGGGCGCUGUCCCUCGCCAUGUCUGCCGUGCGGACGCCGCCACUGAGCGCCCGCGCGCCUCCGGACUGCUACGCCAACACGCGCGCGUUCAGCACCGAGGUCUGACCCACACCCCCCCCAUCGGACCCCCCGGGCCCCCCGUCCCCCUUUUAGGGGUCCCAGUCGUGCUAUGCUUGUGGACCUCGCCUCCUGGACCCUGCCCGGAGCGCCUCGCUGUGGGGCCCCCACGCCCUGGACCGUCCUGAAUGCCCUGGACGGGCGAAAUCGGCAACCUGGAGAACCUCACACCCGGUGCGGGGUGAUCCAGCACCUGUGCGUCUCUAUACAAAAACAAUUUAGUGCAAACGAACAAGCAAGCAAACAAGUAAAUGAAGGAGUGAUUUUUAUUUAUUGAGAGAGAGGACAGAGGGACGAGGUGAGCUGUUUCCUUUUGAUCAUUUUAACCGGAGAACCACGGAGGGGUGUUUCAGAGCUGACUCUAUGCAAGAAACAAAUACUCUAAAUGAGGAUGAGGGGAGCGACAGAGUGCCACAGAGAAAGGGGGAGGAAGGAGGACAGAGAAGGAGAGACUGAGAGACGGAGCACGUCGAUGUGGGUGCCCUUCAUGGCUGUGAAUUCGCACUUUUAUCUGGUCUGAAGUGGGAGUUUUGAGGAGAUGGAGAUGCAAUGGGGAGAGAGGGGUUGAUGGGAUACUGAAGGAGUGGUUUUGGGGGCGGGGCCUGCCAGGGUAUCGUUACACCUAGGCCCCUUACCUGGGCCCCACCUGGAUUUCCCCACAUUCACAACUCAGCCCGAAAGACAAAACUUUUGUCCCAUUUAUAAAAUUUAUUUUCCUGUUGAUGGUGACGUGAAUGAGCUGGUAUUUCUACUGUAAUUAAGAGUAUACGUACAUGCAUACAUACAGGCCUAGGCCAUUUUACCUGUAUUAUUGAGAGGUUGUGUCGUAGUUCGAUCUUUGACUUGAAUCUAAUUAUCUUUGAAUUAUGGCGUGCUGCAGAAGUGCUGGAACAGCCUGGUCCUGUUCUUCUGCAUUCGUUUGGGCCACAUUCAAUCUAUCCACAAAGCGCUUGGCCUUCAGCGUGACUGAGCAGUUAAAGUGCUUGGGAUUCUUUUCUCAGGCAACGUGUGCAAAAUGGAUGCUCUGCAUUUUUAGGACAUACUUGCCUUACUCAGUGUUGUCACUUCAAGAUCAACAAGAGUAAAGUCAGAGCGCCGUGGGGCUAGAUUGAAUAUGGCCCUUUUGUUACAUUGCUCAGCCAGUGUACCCAAGCUGCCAGUCCCACAGAUCGGUGUCAGACCUAGGUCAAAUACAGAUUUGUUUUGGAUUCAAAUACUUUUUUAUAUUUUACUGAUCUUGUCUGGUGUAUUGGAACCAAUGAGAUGCUCUCAAAAAGUGCAAACCCCACCUUCUGGUCAUAUCAGCAGGCUCAGUUACACCAGGCCAGAUCAAUAGAGCACAGAAAAGUAUUUGAAUCCAAAUCAAAUAUGUAUUUGACCCAGGUCUGAUCGGUGUAUAAAUUUUUUUGACAUUAAUCUGGGCAUGUCAGUAUUUAUUUGCAUUUUUAUAUUAUCGGUAUUCAUGAGAGUCAAAGGAAUUAAUGUUGCAAAUCACCUUGUUUAGGAAACAACUGCUUGCAUCCCGACCUGUGUGAGUCUUCCUGGGUAAAAGAUAUUGAGUGAAACGGCAGAAAACAUUUAAAACUAUGUUGUAAAAAUAUGUUGAUCACAACAGUGGUG